GCAAGGCCAUGCUGUGGUGAGGAUACUGCAGUUAUGUAAACUAUGAUGGAAUGGAGGGUGGUUCUGGCAUAAGCUGUUAAAUGUUUGCUUUUUAACUGGAGCACCCAAUGAAGUUAAAGCUUUGUCCACACUACGAAUGUGCAGUGCCUAAAUUUCAAGUGUAAUUUGCUGAUGCACAGAGCCUUUCGCUGAGAUUCAACUACCUGUGCCACCGACUAGGUUUAUUUAUAUUUGCAGUAGUGCCUAAGGGCCCUAUAGAAACAUGUCACAGAGACAGUCUGCUCCAGAAAGCUCUGACUUUAUUGUCUUCGUACAUUUCAUGAGAAUCAAGGAUUUAUGGACUUUAAGGGAUGUUAUUUCAUUUGCUGCUUAACCGGGACUGAUUUAUUUUUUUCAUCUUCAGACAAAUUUUGCCUGAGGUGAUAAGAAUAUUAUACUUAAUGAAAGCCAACAGGAAAAUACAGAAUGUCUCUGUAAUACAGCAGUUUAUUGAAGCAGUGGUACAAAAAGGCUUUGGAAAGGGAUUUUAUUUGGUAAAUAAAACCUGAGGGUCCCCUGGGGCCCUGUGGUUCCUCUUAAAGUAGUGGAAUGUUAACUUAAUCUCUUCCCAUUGGUCAGGGAUGUUUGUCCAGAUGUCUAGCUUUUCUAUAAAAGAUAAGUAUUACCAGACUUGGCAUGCAUUUGAGAGAGAAGUCCUAGCAAAGAACACUACCGAUCAAAAAAUGACACUAUCUAUCGAUUUGGUUAUAUUAUUUUUAUGCAUUGGAGUUACAUACCCUGGCGUGACUGGAAUUUUUAUGGACAAACUUGCCAGCAAAAAGCUCUGUGCUGAUGAGGAGUGUGUUUACACCAUUUCCCUUGCCAGAGCAGAAGAUGAUUACAAUGCACCAGACUGCAGGUUCAUUAAUAUUAAAAAAGGGCAAUUGAUUUAUGUUUAUUCAAAACUAGUGAAAGAGAGAGAAGCUGGAGAGUUCUGGGCUGGAAGUGUGUAUGGUGAGGAGUAUGAAGACCAGAUGGGAACUGUUGGCUACUUCCCCAGCAGUUUAGUCUCAGAGCAGCAUGUUUAUCAAGAAGCUAAUAAGACAAUCCCUACAACGGCCAUUGACUUCUUCUGUGAAUAGUACUGGUAUAUGGCUGGGUCAUCACCAGGUGGAUACCAGGAGAAUCUGAUGGAUAUAAACCUGAACAUCCAUGGCUGACUACUCUGAAUUCUUCCUUUAUUUCUUGUUUGUAAAAUAAUACGUUUAUUUCUAAAUAAGAAUUUGUUGAAAGGGAGUGAUUGCUGGGGAAAAAAGUUGAAAACCUUAGAUAUAAACCACAUGGCAUAUGCUUCGAAAGUCUUUCUACCUGAAAUCACUUUGUUAUAAUCAUUGGUAAGUUAACACCUUUUUAAACUACUGCAUUGUCGUAUUCAAAAUUAUCUAAUAUUUGAAGUAAGACUUCCAAUGUCUUGUGUUGCAUUUAUUUUCUCACUAUACAAGCAUGUUUUAUGCUAUUAAAUAAAAUUACAUUAAAAGUGCACAAGGCUGUGUUUG